AAACAAAAUAAGGGUCUCCUUUAUUUCUCGCUGCUGUUCGAUCACACCCGACUACACAGCCAGAUCUCUUGUCACAACUUUCUAACCGGUUUUUCAGUCAUGAAGCUUGAUACCAGCGGUCUUGAGUCAUUUCCUACUCAAAUUCAACCCAUCGAUGGCAUUGUUGGAGACUUUUCGGCUGCCCCUGCAUUUGAGCUCCCUAGCUUAACCGAUUUUGACGGUUUCCAGAAAGAAGCUAUUCAGAUGGUGAAGCCUGCCAAGGGUACCACCACUCUUGCUUUUAUAUUCAAGGAGGGGGUUAUGGUAGCUGCCGAUUCUCGGGCUAGUAUGGGGGGUUAUAUAUCAUCUCAAUCCGUGAAGAAAAUUAUAGAAAUUAACCCAUACAUGCUUGGCACGAUGGCUGGAGGAGCUGCAGACUGCCAAUUCUGGCACAGAAAUCUCGGGGUCAAGUGCCGGCUGCAUGAAUUGGCAAAUAAGCGAAGAAUUUCAGUUACAGGAGCCUCAAAGCUACUUGCAAAUAUUUUAUACUCCUACCGUGGAAUGGGGUUAUCUGUUGGAACCAUGAUUGCUGGAUGGGAUGAAACGGGUCCUGGUCUGUAUUAUGUUGAUAGUGAAGGGGGAAGAUUGAAAGGAACCCGUUUCUCGGUUGGAUCUGGGUCGCCAUACGCUUAUGGUGUACUGGACAGCGGGUACCGCUACGACAUGUCAGUUGAUGAAGCUGCAGAAUUGGCCCGAAGAUCAAUUUAUCAUGCAACAUUUCGUGAUGGGGCCAGUGGUGGAGUUGCCAGCGUUUAUUACGUGGGACCUGACGGAUGGAAGAAAUUGUCCGGUGAUGAUGUGGGAGAACUUCAUUACCACUACUACCCUGUCACUCCGAACACAGUAGAACAAGAGAUGGCGGAGGCGCCUGGAGCGUAAUGGAAGUUAUGGCAAUUAUUUCAAGUGUCUGUUUUUGUCUUUUUAAUUUCAGGCCAAAAAAAGUAUCUUUGUUUAUUGUUUCUUUUUGGUAUAAUCUUUUAAGUGUCUCUUGUUUAGCUGGCCUCGUCCAUACCUUAUCGAACGAAAGAUGACUGUAGUGGAUCAGGUCUGGCGGACUAGAAUGGGCUGUGACUUGUGAAAGCCCCUACAUCAAAUCCAGUUUAUCGAAACUUUGCGCGCAUACUAGGGACCAA